GUCAGAGUGAUGACUAUGCAAAAUUGCAAAUUCACACAAUUUUUUUCAUCAUGUAAUAAUCAUGAUCGUAUAUUAUUUUACAUAAUCAAGAAAUAUUUGUUCUCAAUUUCUCAGAACCAUUGCCAGUUAGAUUCUACAAUUCUGGCUAAUUCAUCUGGAUUGUUCGUGAUAUCUAUGGUUUGGAUACUUUGUAUAGCGUUUUGACAGAAUGAUCCAUCUCUCAUAUAAAUCACCCCACUGUUAAAUGCAUCCAGGAUUAUUAUUACAUCCUAAUUAGCUUAAAAGAUAAGAAAUAUAUAACACAAUAGCAUUAAUAUUUUAUAUCAAUCCAAUAUUACAUAGCCUGCUUGCAGCCUGAAAUUUAAAAGGGGACUGAAAUAAAUUUCCUGAAAGCAGGCUAAAUAUUAUAAAGAGCAUUAAAAAUUUAAAAUAGUUAUUCUAAUUAUCAAGCAAUACGCAUAUUAAUAAACAUAAUCAACUCCAGAAUAUUAACUUGCAAAUAAUUUGUUCUAAAUACUAUCCAAAUCUAGCUAUUCUUGAUUGGAAUUUCUUUUAUUUUCUUCUAAUUUUGCUUCAAGCUUGUCCACCAAUGCCUGCGCAGUCCUCACACCCUCUUUCCGAGCUUUGCGAACAUUGUCAAAUCCUUCUGAAUCUACAGUAUCUAAAUCCAGCAGUAUCUUCAUUAGAGUCUCGCUAAUAUAUAAAUAGUUCUUGUUUUGAGCUGGAUCUACAAACUCUGCAAUUUUUUCUUCCAUUCCUUCCAUUUUUUGAACAAUCGAUUUUAUCCUUACAAGUUUGAUGUCUGCAGGGGAAGGAGGAUCGCACUGGCUUAAGCGUUUGGAUUGCCGUCUAUGUGUGUUCUUUGGAGAGGUGUAUGAUAUUGGUAUUUCGGUACUGUCGUUUUCUGAUUCAGUUGUUUGGGAAGAACCUUCGGUUGUUUGGGAAAAGUAUUUGGUGUUUGAAUCAUCAUUUGAUUGUUGUUCCAUAUUUUCUUUUUCAGGGAUUAUUUUUGAUUGUUUUCCAGUUUUAACAUUCAGUGCCACAUUGCUAUGUUCUGUUUUAGUUUCAGUAUCAGAAGCAACCUCGUUAGCAUUGCUUGCUUCGUUUACCUUCCUUUGUGGUCGUUUAGGCUCUUCGUUAUCAUAGCUAAUAUCAUGAUGUGCUUUAGACUUCUGUUUUGGCAUAUGUUUAUGUUUGUGAUGUUUGUGGCUUGCUCUAUCCAUAUGUUGUACCGGUAUGUCCCAGCCAUCAUAACCGAAAUUACUCCUUGGUGCUCUUCUCUGUUCCUCAGUGUCAUAGAUAUCCUCUUGUGCCCCCUCAUCAUCAAAGCUGUGUUUUUCGGGAGAUUGUCUGUCAUAUUCCCGUUGCCUUUCACUAUACUUCGGUCUGUAAUGUUGCUUUCUAGCAGGAUAAUCGUAGAAAAACUCUGGAUCCUCCCACUGCCCAAAUACACUAGGCUGUCGUCUGCCACUGCUUUGGCAAUUUCGUCUGUGUUGUGGUCGCCGUACAUCGCCCCAGUCGAAAAACGGAGAGUCGUCAAAGAUAAUAGGAAUAUUGAAGCUCAUGCUGAGUCACAAUUUCACUUCAAAAUAUCACUAAAAAGUUGAAAACGAACUGAAAUUCCACUACUUAUCUGUUUCUCUUCUCAGCUGACUCAUGACCUUGCGAAGGAAAGAUCUAGAACCACAUACCAAAUAUGGCAUUAAUACUCGUCUCUGAUUGGUUGAAUGGUGGUAUUCCUUGAAUCCGAUUGGUUCUCGUGGAGUUCUAAAAAUAGAAAAAACAUUUUCUCCUCUUCACCAUAUUGCUGUCAUGAUAUAAAAGCGAAAAUUUCGAUAUUGUAGGAAACUAUUUGAACAAAAACCUCGGAAACAUUAGCAGUUCAUCAGUUUAGAAAGCAUGGGAAAAGAUUAUUAUAAAAUUCUCGGCGUAUCACGCACAGCAACGGACGAUGAGAUCAAAAAAGGCUACAGAAAAAUGGCUUUGAAAUAUCAUCCUGAUAAAAACAAGGACCCAGAUGCAGAGGAUAAAUUCAAAGAAGUUGCCGAAGCUUUUGAAGUGUUAAAGGAUAAAGACAAACGAGCUGUAUACGAUAAGUACGGAGAAGACGGACUGAAAGGACAGCCUAGUUUUGGAGGUGGAGCUGGGGGGUUCCAAGGAAUGCCAGCUAAUUUUACAUUUUUCAACGGAGAUCCGUUCAAAACAUUUAACGACUUCUUCGGAGAUGAAGACCCCUUUAAAGGUAUGUGUUGCUAUAUAGUUCAAAAAUUUAGUUUAUAUCAACAUAGUUCCCUUCUAUAAUAUUCAUGUCCAAAACAAGCCCUUCAUAUUUGACUAUUAAUGUGGUCAGCUGGUGUAGAGGAGUAUACCCCUUUCACCCUUUGCUGCCAUCAUAAAUUUGGGGGGGGGGGGGCACUUGGAUACAUAAUUUACCCGUAAAUUAUGGUGUUGGCAGUUUUUGCAUGAAAUUGAUAUGCCAUUUGUAUAAUUUCAAGGAUGAAUGGUGACCCAGUGAUCUUAAAUGGCUCUUUUUUAUCUUCCCCACUUGCAGCAUAUGAUUCGUGUACUCCAGAACUUUGAGUCAUGGUGAAAAGUACCUUGGCACAAAACAUUUAGUCAAAUUUGUCUUAGACAGCGGCAGAUUGAGAGAUACAAUUACCUGAAAAAUACAAUCAGAACUUCAACAUUCGGGUGAACCCUUUCAUCGGGAAGUUACACCUGUAUUCUGAAAGCAGUCAAAGAGUGGAGGUGUAAUCUGAGCUUCCCUUGACUGUCAAUGCUGUUUUUGAAUAGCUGGAGGGUGAGUUGUCACAUAGUAAGGUAUGACACUAACCCUCCAGCUAUUCAAAAACAGCAUUGACAGUCAAGGGAAGCUCAGAUUACACCUCCACUCUUUCUUUGAGUGUGAGCUUUUAGAAUACAUGUGUUAGAUCCCGACAAAGGACCUUCACUUGAAACGUUGAAGUUCUGCUUGUUUUCAAUUAGUUGUAUCUCUGGCACAGACCAUUUGAAAUCAUAUUUCUCGUGUAUUUUCAGAUUUCCUCAAAAACAGUGGUUUUGGUUCUCAUGCUUUUGGUGGAGCAGGUCCGAGCAUGUCAGCCUUUCCUUCAAAUUUUGGUAGUCUUGGUGGUAUGUUUGGGCAGUCACACUCAGCAGAAAACCUUCCAUCCCGGGUGGCGAAAGACCCACCUAUCUACCGAAACCUGCCCAUCAGUCUGGAGGACUUACUAAAUGGUACAACAAAGAAAAUGAAAAUUACAAGAAACGUCACAGAAGGUGGAAUGACAUUUGAAGAAGAGAAGGUUUUAACAGUUGAUAUUAAGAAAGGUUGGAAGGCUGGAACUAAAAUAACAUUUCCCAAGGAAGGUGAUCAGAAACCUGGAACAACUCCUGCUGAUAUCAUCUUUGUAAUAAAAGAUAAGCCGCAUGACCUAUUCACACGGGAUUCAGACAAUAACUUGCUACACACAUGUAAACUAUCGUUAAAAGUGGCCCUUAUAGGAUCAACGGUUAAGAUUCCAACACUGGAAGGAAGAACAGAGAACGUACAAUUAAAUUCAGUGACACAGCCAGGAACAACAAAAAGGAUAAAUGGUAAGGGGCUUCCGCUGCCGAAGACACCCAAUCACCGUGCUGACUUGUUAGUGAAAUUCGAAGUGCAAAUUCCAGAAAAUUUGUCACAGAGGGAAAGGGAAGCUUUAGGAAGAAUGUUGCCAUAAGUUGCAAAACUUGCAUCAAUUGUUUAAAAAGUUUCAAAAAAUUGUUCCUCUCUUAAAAUAAAUUACAUGUGCUUAUUAUGACUUGCAGUGUCUCUUGGAGGAAUUGCUUUUUAAUAUGUAUAUAUAUAUAUGUCAGCUAUUUAUUUUAGCUUAUGAUUGGAGUGUUAUAAUUUUUUAUUAAGUGUGUUGUGGAGAGAAUUAUUAUGUAUUUUGUGUGCAGUUAUCAAAUAAAGGAAAUAUAAUUGUGAUUUGAAGUAUUACUUUGGGCAUAGUUAAUUCUGUUUUGCAUCAACAGUAGUUUAACUCCUCAACUUGCUGGGCUGACUACCCACCAAACAAGAGAUACUUUCCAGUAUUCGAAAUGGGUCCUGCUGCACCUGUCCUAAUCACGUUUACCUUAAAACCAGGGAUGCCAGAACAACGGGUGCAGCACUACAGCAGGUGCACGUGUACCCUUUUGUAAUCACAACUUUCUGGGUGCGAUGCAUCGGUGGUACAAUGUGGGUGCAGACUUCGUUGCACCCAUACCCUCAAUACACCCAGAAAGUUGUGUCUGUUGUGAUUACAAAAAGCAAUGAUUACACCUAUGCUUCUGGCAUUCCUGCUUAAAACAGUGGAGAAUGGUAACAGUAAUACACACAAAGUUUAACCAGUCAAUAUAAUUGUGAUAUGUAAUUACUUUAAUAAUAUCAAUCUUUAACAUAUUUACAUUAUUACAAACAUCUUUACAACUGUACUCCAAAACUUAUUCCCAAUGCACUUAAAUUGGACAGUGACACAACGUCGAGGCUGACAAGUGAUAAAACCGCACGUAUCUAAGAUUGAAUAAAGUAAGGCGCAUAGGUAUGAGUCGGCAUAUGAUGCGAAUUAUUCAUUAUUUAUAGAAACCAUAGUUGUGAAUGCAUUCAAGGAAAUUUGGGUUGAAACGAUCGACACAUCGUCCUCGAUGCAUUGACUCUGUAGGUAAACGUUUCUCAUCGAUAUUCUUCGUAACAAUGAAGUAUAUUACCAAUCAAGCAGUCUUUGCUGGUCAUUUCUGCCUAGUUCAGGCUUGAAAUACCCUAAACCAAAGUAUUUAACACAGUUCUGUUAUCAUUCAUGUCAUGUAUUCACAUUCGUGCAGAAUUAUAAGGCGAGCCUAGGAACUGAUCCGCAAUUCUUCCAGCCUCUCUGAGCCCACUGAGUAAUGCACCAUGUACAGUGGCAGGGUAGUUUCGUAUGGUAUGUUCACCAGCAAAAAAUACUCUUGGCUGUGCAGGCCCCAUGCCUGCCACUGGAGUGCUGUUCGCGACUGGUGAAGCCAUGAGAUCAUAGUCGUUGCCCGAGGAGCCCGCCGCAACGUACGAAUACGAACCGCGAGACCACUCGUCUGAUUUCCAACGGGUUACCACGGUUUCUCUGGGCUGCAAGAGAAAUUUGUUUCACAAGAGUUAAA